AUUAACCAAGUGAAUCAAACCUACGUAGACCUGAGGAAGAAAAGGAAUCGUAAUGUUUGCUUUUUAACACCUGACAACGGUGCGGUACAGUCAAAUGAACGUUUUGAAGCCCUGACAGCAGAUUGACUUGAAGAGAAACUUUAAGAUGUAACGUUAACUUCAAGAACGCGAAGAAUGUUUUAAUUUCCGUGACAAAACGAAUGCGCGCGCAACGCCUAUUUCUUUCAUUCUCAAACGUACGUUCAUGUUAGAAACAUUUAAACAAAUGAAUAUGUCUCCUGGAGAUGGAGUGAGGAGAUGGACAGCUUAUCAUACAUCUUACACCCAGAGUUCAGCUCCGAGAUACCCAACACGCCGCUCACCAAACUCAGCGCGCGGGCACGAGAGGACGGUUUCAAGCUCCCCUCUCUGUGAAUUGAUUCUACUAUGAGCCUACCCGAAUCGGAGCAAGAAAGACCGAGGUUAGCUUUAUAUGUGUAUGAGUACUUGCUGCAUGUUGGCGCACAGAAAUCGGCACAGACCUUCCUGUCAGAGAUCCGAUGGGAGAAGAAUAUCACAUUAGGAGAGCCUCCUGGAUUCCUGCACUCAUGGUGGUGUGUAUUCUGGGAUCUGUACUGCGCAGCUCCAGAUCGACGGGAGACAUGUGAACAUUCCAGCGAGGCCAAGGCUUUCCACGACUAUAGUGCGGCAGCAGCUCCCAGUCCUGUGAUGGGCAACAUGCCGCCCAACGAUGGCAUGCCAGGUGGACCCAUGCCUCCCGGCUUCUUUCAAGGCCCACCUGGGUCACAACCAUCACCUCACGCACAGCCCCCUCCACACAACCCCAACAACCCCAUGAUGGGGCCGCACGGCCAGCCAUUCAUGUCUCCACGGUACCCAGGUGGACCCCGCCCAUCACUUCGCAUGCCAAAUCAGCCCCCCGUUGGAGUCCCCGGGUCACAGCCGCUCCUGCCAAACAGUUUGGACCCUACCAGACCGCAAGGACAUCCAAACAUGGGCGGCCCAAUGAGGAUGAACCCACCCAGAGGAAUGGGAGGCAUGGGCCCACAGAACUACGGCGGUGGAAUGAGGCCUCCUCCGAACUCUCUCGGCGGUCCUGGAAUGCCUGGCAUGAACAUGGGUCCGGGAGGUCGAGGGCCGUGGCCUAACCCUAACGCAAACUCAAUAGCAUACUCAUCUUCAUCACCAGGAAACUAUGUGGGGCCUCCAGGAGGUGGCGGACCUCCAGGAACUCCCAUCAUGCCAAGCCCAGGAGACUCGACGAAUUCCAGUGAAAACAUUUACACGAUGAUGAAUCCAAUCGGCCCUGGUGGCAACAGACCGAACUUCCCAAUGGGGCCGGGGCCCGACGGUCCAAUGGGUGGAAUGGGAUCGAUGGAGCCGCACCAUAUGAACGGGUCUUUAGGCUCGGGUGAUAUGGAUGGGUUGCCAAAGAACUCUCCGAACAACAUGGCAGGUAUGAAUAAUCCCCCAGGGACUCCGCGGGACGACGGGGAGAUGGCAGGCAACUUCUUAAACCCAUUCCAAAGUGAAAGUUAUUCACCCAACAUGACGAUGAGUGUGUGAUUCUUCUUUUUUAUUUUGUUUUUUAUUUUAUUUUAUUUUAUUUUUUACCCCACCCCCUCAUCCCACUUCCUGUUCUCCUCGUCUCUGCUGCGUUCGGCAUGUUGUUGUUUUGUUUUUUAUUCGCUCGAUCUUCAACUCCCCACAACUCCCUCAAACACUCUGGGUUGGCGCCCUUCAGCCGGUCGGUGUGGCCACGGAGCGAAGGACGCCCAGUACAAAGCCGAAAAGAAGCAGGCCUCAGGUCACAGGAAGAGCCUUCUGACGGACUCAACCUGCCUGCCGGGCUUCGUAUCUGGAUCGGGCCCUCGAUUGAACCACCGUGUGUGUGUUUGUACAUGUGCGUGUGUGUGUGUGUGGGACUGUGCCAGGAAGACACUUCAUAACUAGCUGCUCAUCAGCAUUGAGGCUGGUGGCUUUAUUUCAGCCCCGUUUGAUCAUUUUUUCGAUUUUUAUCGGCAAUGAAACACUGAAACUAGCGGUUGUUUGAUUGCUGUGUACAUUUUAAAAUGGAAAAAGCUAAACUGUUGACGCUAGGGGCAGGAAUGGUCUCAUUACAAUAUAUUUGUAUAUUAUUGAUAAUAUUAUUGUUAUAAUUUUCAUAAUUGCUAUGAUGAUGAUGACGAUGUACUCAUAAUUUUAUGGAUUUUCCUGUAAAGGGCACAUUUGUAUCUCAACAACAUCAAUGACAGAAUAAGCACACAUUCAAAUGCACAAUGACACUUCUGUUUACAUGAUUUUAGGUAUUUGUUUGUCUCUUUUGUUUGAAUUUGUUUCGUCAGAUGUCUUUGCAUAUACCUCUUCCUGUGUUCUUCAUCGAACUGAUGUCAUCACUACCGAGAUGUACAACCUCAGUUUUGUGUCUCUGUCAACAAAGUGGCUACAAUCACUGGUUUAAUGCACCCGUCGGCACUGUAUUUAAAAAUUGGAGUAUAUUUCAAAGUCUAAAAGGGUGACAUUUUCAUUUUCACUGCCAUCGCGUAUUGCUCCAUCCUUGGCUUGGUCACGAACGGCCUAUAAUGAAUACAUUUUAUCAUCCGUUCUUGAUGAUUUGCCGUUACGUAGUUGCGAUAUCAUUCACGUUCAUUGUAAUUUUGCCACUACGUGUUUGCCAUGUUGUUUUGCAAGUCUUUUUUAGAAAUAUUACCCACGUGUUUGUAAAAGUAGUUGGACGCAGGCUGCUCUUACAAGCACGAGUUUCCUUGUGCUCUAUAGUCCCAUGUCUGUAAAUAUAACUUCUUUUUUUCUUUUUUUUUUUUUCUUUUUUUUUUUUUUUUUUGGUCAUGGACCUUAUUGGUAUUUUCAAUACACUACUUGUCUGUGAAGCUCAUUUGUGGUCCCAUCUCUUUCUUCAAAUGAGGUUGCCCUCGGAUGCCAAACGCAGAGUUUACAGUCAACAUAUUUGUGUUUCAGUAUGAGGAAUUUGAGGGAAAAUCACAUGAAAAGAUGUCUGGGUCACAUUUUACCCCUCAAUAAAAAGUAAAAAAGAAUCCAUUUAAUUGACUAUUUCAGGGCAGUUUUUUUUUUUUUUUUUUUU